CCAUCCGUCGGUAGUCCAGUGCCGCCGACCUGUAUUAUCAAUAACGAAACGCCAUUGAGAAUUUUUGGCAUUGUCCCGAAAAUUUAUACUUUAACACGGGAAAAUUAUUCUUAUUUCACAUUAUUCGUGUGAAAAGUGCCGGCAUACGAGUUCAACCAUUUGCCGCCCGUCUGCACCUAAUGAAUAUCGCCUGACGUGACGUUAUUUGCGGUCGAAAACCAGUGAAAAUUGCAUCGUUCUCCCAGAUUUUCCGGAACGGAACCACUGAACUUUUUUGGAAGUUUGUAGGGUGCCGAGGCGUGCGGCGGCAAGGUGGGCGAGUGUGUAGUACAAGAAGUGAGCCCCGAAAAGCCCCCGAAAGAACGACAAAAAAAGUCGCCGACGACGACGACAAGGGCGAGAAGCGAGUUUGUGUUGAGUGGACUUUUCGGUUUGCAAAGCAAAACGAUUUCGGUGAGCGGUAGAAGUUCGAUUGAAAACAAGGUGCGUGCUCCACACGGGAUUUGCGAUCAACGCGAAAAUCGUGUGCCUACGAAUCAGCGGCCGAGCCGAUCGAUAUGAGGUUUUUUUUGGCGGUGGCAUUUUGUUGAUACCUGAAAUUGCGGUGGUGAUUCGUGGUCGUUGGCGCUGUCAGUGAGCUCUGCAGAAAGAUUCGAUUCAAUUUGCAGAGUGAAACACACAAUGUAAAUAAGAUCUACCAUAAUACAACAAAAACACCAACAAAAAUUACCAGGUGCGGCCCUUAAAAAGGUGUAACUCAAGGAACUAUGUCAGGGCAUAAUCCGCACAGUCAUUUAAGUCAACCGAAUUCAUCAUGGAAUCCACUGCAAAUCCCAUCAUACAUUCCGAGGCAGCCCCAGUUAGCGCACAUGUCCAAUGAGAGGCCAUUAGUAAGGUCACCCUUAACAUGGCAUGCACCUGCUCCUCCAACGCCUCCAGAGGCUUUUUAUAGUUUCCUUUCAGCUAACCACAAAAAUCUUGAAUUGAAUCCAUUGCUACCGUCGUUUGUAAGAGGACCACCACCGUUCGGCUCCGUUGACUUAACGAUACAGUCAGCCAGAAACAGUACAACACCAUCACCACGUAAUUUAGCUUCGUCGCCGCCUACCCAAGAAUUUCCUGCGCACAAACAACCACAGCAGCAGCCAUUUCAAGCACAUCAUCAACAUCCUCAUAAUCCACCACAAAUACCCCGUAGUUUAACGCCAAACAACUUGAAUAAGCGAUCUAUGAUUCACAGCUCAAACAUGCCACCCUCUUCAGGGCCGGGUGUGAUACAAUCAACUGGCAGCGUUAGAGAUAAAUUUCAAUGCAGCACUUCAAAUGGGAAUAACAACGGAGAAUUACCUCAACCACCCCCAACUGGAAAUAUUUUUAUACGCGAUGCAAGGCAAAUUAAUAGCGACAUUGCCAAGAUUACGGCAAGAGAGCCUGUUUCAUUAGAAGUGAAUAGAAAUAUUUCCCCGCUACCAUUGAAUGAACCAGUAGAGCUUAUCAGGGAAAAUCCUUAUCAACCCGUGAAGUCUCAUGCAGCCGUUCCGACAUCUCCAAAAAGAUUAUCGCCAGCCCGACCGCCUUCUAUUUCCAACUGCACGCCAAUGUCACCACGAUCAAGAAGUCCUCUGACUACCCUCAUAAAUACUGGCCUGACUGCUGAUGUCGUCAAUAAUCAUGUUAUCAAAUCGUCCGGGAACGGGAUCAAUCUAACUUCAACACAAAAGCCAGAACUUGCAGCAACAACAAUAUCCUCGGAAAACUCACCAUUAUCAUUAGCCCUUCCCCCUUCACCGACAACCACAACGUCAAACGAGGACUCAGUUGAUUCACAAACAAGCAAAAGUCGACGGAAACGCAAGCCCAACAAAACAACAAGAGUAUCAAAUGACAGCGAUGAAAGUAUGCAUGAGAGAGAGAACGAAACUGCUUCGCUGAAGCCAGCGCUCGUUCCUAACGAACAACCCCAAAUGAAUUUUAUUCCAGAAAAAGAAGAAACGCUUAUUGAUUUAGACACUAACAAAUUGAUAAGUAGCAAUAAGAGUGAGCCUGUUGAAGUAAUAAAUUCCAAUAAAACAACUUGCCAAAGUGAUAGUCAGCAACAAGACAGUAGCGCAGAUGCCCCCGCUAUCAUUACACCUAGAGUUUCGGGUGAAGCGCAUGCUGAGACUCCUGCCGAGGUGUUUAACUCGAAAUCGCCAGAAGAAAGACACAAUAGCGGUGCUAUUAAUGGUGAAUCUCCGCCAUCAAUAGAAGAAGCUCAGUCGGAGGAACCAAACCGACCACUUCAACCUUCAUCUCCCCCUGAGGAACCGCAGAGUGUCAUAGUGAAUAACACAUCUGCCAGCACCACAAGUAAACACAGUUCGAAUUCGCCACCCCACAUCGAUCAUAGUAAUGCGAACAUAAUAAAUGAUUGUCAAAAGAUCGAAUCACCCCCAACGUCAACGCCACUCUCAAAUCAAGAGCAGGAUAUUAAAAGCCAAACUGAGAACCCUGAAGAAAUCUCGACUGGCGGUCUCCCUCUCCAACAAGCAGCAGCAGCAGAGGAUAGCUUAGAUAGUCCUCGGAAGCGAUGCAAGCGAAAAGGAGAUUCAGAUGAUAUAGAAACGAUUGAUAAAAUAGCAGCUAUGAUUGCAAGUACACAGGAAAAUGAAGAGGCAAAUGGCAAGCCUAAUGUUGAUAGCUUAGAAGUACUUACCAAGGUAACCGAGGAACCGCAAGAGAAAGCAACUAAUGAAAGUGUGAAGGUUGAAACAAAGCUUGAAGAAGCGCAUCCCCAAAAUAGCAAUAGUAAAAUAAAUGAUUUGGCCGAGAUUUUAGAAACGCCUUCUGUUGGUUGCAGCCCUAAGGAUACCACAGAUUCUACUCCAACAAUAGAUGCGCCGAAUGUUGAAACGAAAAAUGUCGAGGAAAAUUGUUUCGAGGAGGUUGAAAAUAAACUAGAGGAAAUGUUUGCUGGCAUUGAAGACGGAGAGCCACCUCCUUGUAUCCUCCCUGCACCCACUAUAGAUGAGCCCAUCACCCCGGAAGUAAUAUCUGAAUUAGGUCUAGGAGGUCUUUCCUCGCCCCAAAAGCAAGCACCAAUACCACCGAUAUUGUCCACGCCAUCUGAGGAGGUGCAAACGAAAUCGCCUCCUCGCAAGGAUGAGAAUUCUUCAAAAUCUUCAAAUCAUCAUAAUUCCAGUCAGAAGCGGUCGCACAACAACAAUAAAGCAGAAAGCACACCUCCUAAUAAGAAACGCAAAGUAUCGAAAAAAUCUACUCAGUCAUCAUCAUCAUUAAAUCAAAAAUCAUCGACAUCUUCAUCGUCUGCAUCAGCAAAGCCUUCGAAAUCACACUCAACCUCUACGAGUACAUCCCACAACAGUAAAUCUAACAAAUCUAUUGAAAAACAAACGACAACAAACUCCACAAAAGAUAGCAAACCAAAAGAUGAGCCUGCAACUGUAGAAUACAAAGGUCCUUUCAUUCAAGUAAAAUCCGAUGGUACAAUAAAUGUAAUAAACGCGCCAACAACCGAAGACGUUGUUGAAAAACAAAAUAAAGUGAAAAAAUCCAUUCAUAAUCAUUCACACUCUGAUCGCAACAAAAUACGUGGCUUGCACGUUAGCACAUUAAGUACAAAAUAUGACGCUGAUACAACCGAUACGACAUGGAUGUGUGUAUUUUGUAAGAGAGGUCCACAUAAACUGGGAUUGGGUGAUUUAUUUGGACCGUAUAUUGUGACGACGACGUGUGAAGGCUUUGCAUAUAGUCAAAAGGAUCCCAACGAUGAUGAAUUUAUAAGUAGGAGAACAAAGGCGGAUAUGUUUCAGAAACAAGUGAAUGGAAUGCCUGUUGUACCGGCAUCAACUUCUAGUCUUGCAACAAUAACAUCGGCAGCAUCGAUUGCAAGUUCGAGUAGUAGUUCAUCAACGAGUAAGAAGAAAAGAAAAACCAACGAUUCUCCAAGCAUUCUUCAAAAUUCCACAUUAUCAACACAGUCAGCAUCUCCUAGUUUCGACAUAAACGAUAUCUACGUGGGCAUGUCUAAAGUAUCAGAGACAUCAUACGAAGUUUGGGUGCAUGAAGAUUGUGUGGUCUGGUCGUCGGGAGUGUAUAUAAUCGGAGCUCGAAUUGUCGGACUUGAUACAGCUGUUUGGAGUAGUACACGCUAUAAAUGUAGUAUUUGUUCAAAAAAUGGUGCCAUGAUUUCUUGUUUGCAGAGGGGUUGCGCGGAAAAGGCGCACAUCUCGUGCGCCCGGACGCAAGGCUGGGAUCUGAACGAGAACGAAUUUAAGAGUACAUGUGAAAAGCAUUCAAUAUUAUCGAAGAUGUCAUCAUGAAAUUCAAAUUGUUAGAUAUUUUCUUUUUAGUUUUCUAGUAAUUAACGAAUAUUCUAUAUACCCUGCGCCUAAUUUCUAAAGGUGGUGAUGAUAGUUGAACACACUAUUUAUAAGACAAAGCAAACAUAUUGAUGUUUAUUUUAAAAAGUAAGAUGGAAAAUUUAGUAAUAACAUUGAAGAAGCAAAAUACAAAUCACUCUACACCCUCUAUUUACAAUGCUUUAAUUUUAUAUAUUAAUUGAGGACGAGGGAAAUCUCGUUAGGAACACAAACCACAAUUUAGUUAUAUGUUUCGAGACUGUCUUACUAGAACUCAGAUCUGUUAAAAUCCACAAGUAUGUAGACGGUAUCUUAGGGAAAUUAGUAGGAGAAAACAAAAAUCAUGGAAACAAAAUAUUCUUCUGAACAUGCGCGUGUUUUGUAUGUAAAUUACAUUGUAUGAAAUUAUAUGACGAAAACUAGUUGAGGAGAAGUAAAUCGUAAAGUAUUUGGUUCAUAAUGGUGAUGAUAAUAAAAAUACUAUAAACGUAGA